GCAGGGCACACCCAUCCAUGGCACAUAUAGUACAGUAGAGUGACGCGACAGAGCUGCUGCUGCUCUCAGUGCGUUUGGGUUUCAUGUAAAUGACAGCUCUAUCACAGGAGCAACAGCUCACAUUAAUGAUGACACCUGAAGGACUUGCCUUAUUUUGGGGAUCGUUCACUCUCCACAUGAUCCUUGUCACUGAAGGAAGCUCUGUGGGAUGUGGGUGUCCAGCAGCCACCAUUUUAAUUAAAUUUCCCUCGAAUAUACCCAAUGACACAUGCUGCUUGAACUUUUCAGGAUCCACAUUCAACCAGGUGCAUUGGGCGGCUUUUUUGUCACAUACACAUCUGCAAGUUUUGGACCUGACUAACUGUAAUAUCAGCCACAUUGAUCACAGUGAAGUUAGAGAGACAUCAUUGACUUCAUUGAGAGAGCUAUAUCUUAGUCAGAACAGAUUGUCAUCUCUUCCAGCUGACUUCCUAUCCAAAGCCUAUAGUCUGGAAAUGCUGGAUCUGGGAAUGAAUAAUCUGACGUAUCUACCCAAGCGAUUUCUGCAGAACUCUGAAAAUCUGCAGGUGUUGAUCCUUGGAUGGAACAAGCUGAGCUCUCUCCCAGGCUCUGUCUUUAAGCCUUCACUACAACAUCUGGAGCUCUUUGAAAACCCCUGGGCUUGCACAUGCACACUGUGGGAAGGGCUCCAGGGUGGUCGACAUGACAACUCCAGCGGUUUUCAGGGGCUUGUUGGUAAUCUGACCUGUGCCUCUCCUCAAACUCUUGCAGGACGGAUGGUAUGGUCUUUACAGAACAGGGAUGUGUGCCACUUAGCCAACCUAACAGCUCUCUUCAUUCUUCUUCCCCUUCUCCUGCUCCUCAGUCUGGUGCUCUGCUGGUGCUGUGGCAGGAAGAAGAAAAGGAAAGAGACCUCGUCAUUUAGCCCAGCUCACAAAAGGCCCAGCAACUCACAGUGCAAUGGACGGUGGCCACAUGACAAACUGCCCACUGGACAGUCACCAGCAUCUGUAGACAAUGGAAAAGAGGUCAUACUGAGGAACCAACUGAUGCUUCAGCCCUCAUCCACCCUGCUAGACAGUACUCGGGACAUCUAUGAGGAAGUGGAGAUUAAACUGGGCUCUGUGGAAUCGCUGGCCAAUCCAUCGUCCACUUGCUCCACUGAAGGGACUGCAGUCAAGCAGGAUCUGGAUGCAGUGAGUGUGAGUGAGGUGAUGAAGGACUCAGCUGAUCGGGAGAAAGCUUACCUGACCCAGUCCACUGAAUACUACAGUUUAGUACCAGGGAUUGAAAUGGAUGACUCAGACCAUGGAGAGUAUGAGAGUGUGGACCUCUCGUAACAUUAAAAGAACACCCACAUUGUGUGCAUAGUGGAGAAUCUCACAAAAAUUCUAUUAGUACAGUGGAUUUUUGUGCCAAUGCUAUUGUAUUGGACAGGUGGUCAUCAUGUUUUGCCUUUGGUUGCAAUUAUUGAAUUACUGUACUGAUAAUGUGACAAAUCUGACUAAUCACACUGUGAAUUCGGCAAAGGUAGGUAGAAAGUUUUGCAGCAGAAAUUAGUCUGUCCUGACUGAAAUUCAAAUCAGUGCCUCCGAGUAGUUGUAGCAAAACGAUUUGUUGAACGGAUAAGCACGUGUGAGCUGCAAUUUCCAGGUAAAAUAUACACAGAGUGGUGCAACAGUUUUGUUGUAAAUAAUUGAAUGCAUCAACAGGAAUGCAUAUUUUAUUAACCAUACCCCUAACCCAAACUCCAACCCUAAACAUAUCCAUACAAUGUAAUUAUGUAGAAAUGUAAUUUUAGAGGGAAAUUGCAAAGUCCAUAUAAUGCUCACCAUUGUUUAUGCAAACACAAUUACUUCCUGGUUCACUCGGGACCAGAAACCAUUGCUCUGAGGCUGCUUGGCAACAUGCUAUCAGUAGCACUAGAUGGAAAUGUGAUUACUUUUGAAUUGAUGCAAAAAUUACUAAUGGGAAAUGGUGCUUGUCAUUAAUUCAACUGAAUGGUGUUGCUUUCAGGGUACAUAAACUUUCGGAAGCAACGUGUCGAUUUCACGUGUGAUCAUGUUUGUCAAACAGAGCUGUUUGUAGACUAAAUCAGUCUGUUGUCAAGAUAAGCUAUCAUAUAGCUGUCAUCUGAAUAUUUUAACUAUAUUGAUAUACACACAUAUACACGGUAUAUAUGUCCUCUUGUAUAAUUUGAUGCUUUAUUGAUUUUAAGCUUUAUUAUUGGCAUUACUGUAUUAUAAAUUACUUUUUACUUUUUUUAUUAAUUUAUUAUUAUUAAUAAUAUUAAACAUUCACAUUCAGUUAUAGCACAUAAUAUGUAAAAUGUAUAUCAUAUUAUGUAAGAGAACAGUAAUUAGCUGUUUAUUUAUGUUCGUAGUAAAAUACUUAAUCAUGAAAACAUUAAACAGAACCACAGCCCAGCCUCUGGUACUUAUCAUAAGUAAGCAAAUCUAUCAUGGUAACCAUAAUUAAACCCAGUACUAAAAUGUUGUUUUGAGGUAUGAUUUUUUUGUUUUGGCAUAUUUCUCUUUUUUUAAAACAGUUUUUAUGUUCCCGGUCAUUCUAUAAAUAAAAUGGUAGAACAAAUAUUGUCCAAUAUUUAACAAGGUUGGCAACAAAUAAGAAUUUUUCAGGGGUGAUGACCAAAAAACAUAUGGUUGUUUCUUUAACGUUGGGCACGUUCAUGUUCCUGGAGUUGAUUUUAAUUUAAACUAACAGAUUUCAGCUUUUUCUUUUUGUUAUGAAAAAAGUCUCAAUAAAACUGAAUGGGAAACUACCAGGCCAUCAUCCUUUGUUUAUUUUUCAAAUGCUUUUUAUGUACACAUUGUACUGUUUUAGCCUCGUAGCCUCCAGACCCAGACUUUCAAUAUUUAACAAUAAAAUCCAUUGUAAAAUACUAAUGAUAUUGAUGAUAUUGUUAGUAGACAAAUAAAACAAACUGGUGGGAGAGUUAAACAUUUUUAAUGAGACUUUACUCUCCAGAAGUCCACAAUGGUAAAAGUGCCUGAAGUUGAAGAAACACCACCAAUAUAUGCAAUCUGUAACAAAACACACAGUUUUGGAUUUUGGUAACACUGUUAAACUGGAGAAUAAUUUCUAUAUGCAUUUGAGAUUUCAUGAUGUUAUUCGAGAAUUAUGAAAAUGAGAAAUUAUCUUUAAUUUUUUGGCUUAAAAUAAUUGUUUGGAUAAACCUUCAUGUUUUUAAGAUCUAUGUUUAGUUAUUUUAGUCUUAAUUAAAAUAUUCCUC